AUGGCCAUUACAGCAGACCAGCUACAACAGCUGAUUGAGAGAUUGAAGCCAGCAGAGACAAUUAAGCAUUUUACUCACUGUCCGGCACGUUUCGAUGGCACACGCACUAAGCAGGCGGUAGAGGAUUUUUUGGCAACCGCCAAUUUCUACAAAGUUACUGAAAAGAUAACGGACGAACGCACUCCUUGGAAUUCCAUUACUCCUCCAAGGUACGGCGUAUACCUGGUGGACAGGAGGGCGCUGCGUCAAGAAUUCGCGCCCACCCCGCCGGCGUAUCAAAUUUAUUUGGAUGUCUUCGCUACAAAGCAGGACCAGAGGACUUCCACGGGACUGUUUGUUAGCCAGAAACGGGCCCUGCUCGCACAAGUGGAGCCCGCCGACACCGAGAGCCGCCAACUCGACAUGGUGUAUGGACUCCUAAAGUGGAACAUACGUAGCAGGGUCCCACGGAAAAUGCUGCACAAAUUCACACAGCUCCUCGCCGCAGCUAACGAAAUCGAGAUGCAGGCACAAAUCCGGAACAUUGAACGAGACACGUCGGCCACGAAACUUCCGCCUGUAGGAAAAGACAGAGGCAUCUUUCUGCAAAGGCACCAUCCCAAAAUAACCCGGUAA